AUGAGCGGCACCGAUUUUAACAGGCCGGUAGCAGUCAUAACCGGCGCGGCGGGUAGUCUCGGACGAGCGAUCGCCCAGGAGUUCGCACUCGAGGGCCGGUCGCUCAUCCUCUGCGACCUCAAAUCCGUCGACGCAGCCAUGCACUCCGUCCGGAACCUCUUGUCCACACGCUCCAUCACGGCAGUGACUGGAGACAUCACACGCGCCGAUUUCCCUUCUCAGGUGAAAGCCGCGCUUGGCGGACGAAAGAUCUCGGCCCUGGUCCACACAGCUGGCGUCUCACCGGCCAUCAAGGACGGUAAGCGCAUCUUCGAUGUCAACUUCACUGCUACCAGGCGCCUGGUCGACGCACUCGCUCCCGAAAUGCAGCAGCCAGGUGGAGUGGUGAUCCUCGUCGCGUCACUUGGUGGGAAAUUGGUGCAAAACUAUGUGGUCGACCUCGCCGUGAAGCGGCACCUUAACGGGUCGCGGUCGCCGACGCUGUGGGCACUCAAACGCUGGCCGUACACAGCAUACUCGAUGUCCAAGAGGUGCAUGCAGAUUUAUGCCAGGAAGAUGGUACGACCCCUGGCGCAGCCCUCAGCGACCGGGCCAGGAGGAGUGCGUAUAGUGACUGUGUCGCCAGGGGUCAUCGAGACGGAUAUGACUCUCCACUAUGCUUCUCGUCCGAAUUUGUCUACCCUCGUUAAUUCUGGCCCAAUGGAACGGAUGGGAAGGCCUGAGGAGGUCGUGCCCGUGAUCAAGUUUUUGGCUUCGGAGGGGGCGAGCUACAUCACCGGCGCUGACGUGUUGGUUGAUGGUGGGAUCAUUGCAUCCAAGAGACGGGUUCUGAAGAAUACGGCUAAGGUUGUGAUGAAGGAGAGACGAGAGAAGAAGAAAGCCAUGAAGAAGUUCGAGAAACAAGAGAGAUUGAGAGCUUUGGAUGUCAAAGGAAAGGCAAAAGCAAAGGAACCUCCCGUUUAUAAGGAGAUUGAAGAAUAG